AGGCCACUGUUGCAACUACAGUAUCGGUAACAACUUAGCAUAAAGGGCUUCAGACUGCAGAGCAAAUGAGAAUGUAUGCUGUCACCUUAGACUGACACCUAUUUACCUGUUGGCUGCAUUACCUAAUGAAACACCCACUAGUUAUACAGAGAGGAAGUUGCAAUGAGUCACCUGUAUGUCAUUUCAGUUUCGAUGCUAAACAGGAAGUUGACUAUUUCUGCUUAUUUGAGGGGCCCCACAACAGAACAGAUAUAGUGAAGUUAAAACAGAAUCCUGGGGAGAGCUGCUCCUGGUGUUCGGUGAACAGCCACAGUCAUGGAAGAAGUGAUAUGGGAACAGUUCACUGUGACUUUACAAAAAGACUCCAAACGGGGAUUUGGUAUAGCAGUCUCGGGUGGAAGAGAUAACCCCAACUUUGAGAACGGUGAAACCUCGAUCAUCAUCUCUGAUGUGCUGGAAAAAGGCCCAGCAGAUGGGUUACUUCAUGAAAAUGACCGGGUUGUCAGUGUUAACGGCUGUCCAAUGGAAAAUGUGCUUCAUUCCUAUGCUGUGCAGCAAUUAAGAAAAUGUGGGAAAGUAGCCCAAAUAACAGUGAAGAGGGCUCGGAGAGUCCCAGCUCGGCAGCCCGUGACUGAACCUGAGAAUCGGUUCUUCGAUGUGGCUGAUGACUACGAUCGCAGAAGCGAGCACAGUAUCCAGAGUGACAGGAGUGACGGUGGGCCCAGAGGAUAUGACUACAAUCAAGACUACAGCCCAGACAGAAGCUACAGACGAGAUGGGGAGCGCAGCAGGAGUUACGAGAGAGGCCAGAAUAGAGAGCAUAGUCGCAGCAGGGACCACAGCAGGGGGAGGGUAUAUGACGACGACAGAGGUCACGAGAGGAACUAUGGGCGUGAAGGGCCUGGGCGGGCGAGAUUAUACGAUGAAGACCAGGGACACAAUAGAGCUUAUGAACAAGGUGACCGAAUCCAGGGAAGGGCGUACGAAGAACACUGGGGUUAUGAUGAGACCUACGAGCGAGAUGACAGAGGUCGCAGAAGGAAAUACGAUGAGGAUCGUGGUCGUAAUAGAGUCCACGAGUAUCGCAGAGAACCAGCAAGAGCCCCGAGCCGUGAUCGACUCAAAUCCAGAAGCCCAUCACCAGAGUCUUUUCAUUCUAAUGAUGGAGGGCUUCCAAAACCCUACAGAGUUAUGCUGGUUAAGAGCAGAGCAAAUGAAGAAUAUGGCCUUCGAUUAGGCAGCCAGAUCUUCAUCAAAGAAAUGACAGGAAUAGGGCUGGCUGCCAAGGAUGGAAACUUACAUGAAGGGGAUAUUGUUCUCAAGAUCAAUGGGACAGUCACUGAAAACAUGUCCCUGGCUGAUGCCCGAAAAUUAAUUGAAAAGUCACGAGGGAAGCUCCAACUUGUUGUGCAAAGAGAUGCGAAGCAAACGUUGAUCAGCAUUCCACCUAUGGAUGACAGUGAGUCUGAUUCAGAAGGCGUUUCGGAAAUUGAUUCAAACCGCUCGUAUUCACCUCCUCCGGAAGAAAGGAAAUCACCGCAUUCUGAUGCUUCUUCACAUUCUUCUGGAAGAACGACUGACAAGAAAAGUUCCAAAGAGGAGCCCUCCAGCAGACUGGCGAGAAUGGGAGCCAUGCCAACUCCAUUUGCAACAAAGUCUGACCUGCCCACUGCUAUUGACUAUGAGAAGGAAGAUAGGACAGAGGAGGAUUACAGAGUUUCCAAAAUUGAAGAACCAGUAGUAACGGCUCCAAAGAAAUUUCUUCAACCAAGUCCAGAAGAUCAAGAGAUCUUUGGCCCAGAUACAAAAAUGGUGCAGUUCAAGAAAGGUGAUAGCGUUGGCCUCCGACUUGCUGGUGGCAACGAUGUGGGGAUCUUUGUGGCAGGAGUGCAGGAAGGUAGCCCAGCUGAGAAUGAAGGGCUUGAGGAAGGAGAUCAACUGCUUAAGAUAAACUACAUGGAUUUCCGUAGUAUUGUACGUGAAGAAGCUGUUCUAUAUCUUUUAGAAAUUCCGAAGGGCGAAGAUGUGACCAUCCUUGCUCAGAGCAAGUAUGACGUGUACAAAGAUAUAAUUAACUCUGGCCGUGGCGAUUCAUUCUUCAUUAGGACUCACUUUGAGUACGAAAAAGAGACUCCACAGAGUUUGAAUUUUACCAGGGGUGAAGUCUUUAAAGUCUUGGACACCCUAUACAAUGGAAAGCUGGGAAAUUGGUUAGCAGUGAGAAUUGGCCCUGACAACAUCAAACACCUGGAGAAAGGAAUCAUUCCAAAUAAAAGCAGAGCUGAGCAAAUGGCCAAUGUGCAGAAUGUCCAGAAGGCAGCUUCAAGUGACCGAGGGGAUUUUUGGAGGUCACGAGGUCAACGGGCGGCAAUGAAAAAGAACCUUCGAAAGAGUCGUGAGGACCUCACAGCAGUGCCAGUUACCACCAGGUUCCCAGCGUACGAGAGGGUUGUUCUUCGGGAAGCUGGCUUUAUGCGGCCUGUGGUGCUCUUUGGGCCUAUCGCUGAAAUAGCUACAGAGAAGCUGGCAACAGAGUUAUCAGAUACCUACAAAAUUGCCAAAACGGAACCCAGAGAUGCGGGCUCCGAAAGGGCAUCUGGUGUGGUUCGAUUGAACACAGUCAGACAGAUCAUUGAAGAGGACAAGCAUGCUUUACUGGAUGUUACGCCCAAGGCUGUGGACCUGCUGAAUUAUACUCAAUGGUACCCGAUCGUUAUCUUUUUUAACCCGGACAACAAACAGGGCGUCAAAACCAUGAGGCAAAGACUGAAUCCAACUUCCACCAAGAGUUCCAAGAAGUUGUAUGAACAAGCUGUCAAGCUAAGGAAGAGAUGUUCUCAUCUUUUUACAGAGACGGUUGAUCUCAAUUCCUCUCAUGAUGGCUGGUACGGAUUGGUAAAGGAUCUGAUUCGAGAUCAUCAGGCUUCUGCAGUUUGGGUUUCGGAAGGCAAGGCUGACGGACUAGGAGAUGAAGAUCUUGAGAUGCCUGACGAUCGCAUGUCUUACCUGUCAGCAAUGGGAGCUGACUACCUCAGCUGUGACAGCCGAUUGAUGAGCGACUAUGAUGACACAGACACUGAGGGUGGCACCUAUACAGACAACGAGCUGGAUGAGCCAAUAAAUGAACCUCGAGUAUCUUCUGUUGCCAGAUCAUCGGAACCUGUGCAGUUUGAUGAGCGGAGGCAAAGUCCAGAACCACCUGUAGCUCGAGGACAGAUGAGGAGAGCAGGCAGCAGGGAAGUUCUGAGAGAUCCCAGCCCUCCUCCUGACUUCAGACCUGAGCCACCAAAGGCCAAAGCUGAAGUGCAUGCAUACGUGAAAGAGCCUCCAAAGCCGUACUAUGAUUUUCGUUACAGUAGCUCGAGUCCUGGGAGCAGUGAGCACCCCCGCAGUCAGGAGGCCACAAUCCCUUCCAAGCCGCAACCCCCUCCGGUGGCUUUGAAACCCUCGUUUGGGACCAGAACGGCAGUCAAGCCACCGGCUCCAGCCACUAUGCCCCCAAGUGAAGAGGGUGAGCAGUACAUCGAUGAAGAGUUGGGAGAUGGGGACCAGCAUAAAUCAGUGUUGGGCAAAGUGAAAAUAUUUGAAAAACUGGAUCACAAAGCUCGAGCUCAGAGACUGCAAGAACUACAAGAAGCACAAAUGGCAAGACUGGAAAUAGCACAAAAGAACCCAGAUAUCUAUGCUGUUCCUAUGAAACCACCUAAAGUGGAACAACCACAGUCACACAGACCUCCUGAGCCCCAGAAGCCCGCGCCACAAUCCUACCUGGACCCCAGCGGAUUUGGCUACAGAGCGGAAGAUGAUGAGGAGGAGGAGCAGUAUCGCAGACAACUUGCAGACCAUUCAAAGAGAGGUUACUAUGGUCAGCAUGGGCCUCAUACCACCAAAUACAGGGAUACUGAACUUUAGAAAGGGGGAUACUUCAUAACCAUGGUUUUAAUAAAAUGAAAAAUAAAAACAAAACAACAGAUGUGCUGGAAAUGAUCUGCUGGCCCAUAAGCUCCUGGACCUUCAGUGCUGAUUAACUUGCAGUUGCUCCCAGCGAUAGUAACUUUAUUUCAAUGGGACUUGUAUACUUCGCGAAUGCUGCUCCAGCUGCCUUUUACUAUAGUUUUCACAUCAAGCUUUUUUUUAAUACAUAAUUUCCAAUUCAAGGACAAAUUAAGGUCUUUUAAAAAAAAAAAUGGGCAGACCUUUGUAACAAAGUUCUGCACGGGAACACAAAAGUGCCUCUUGUGUUUCUUUUUCUUGAACAAAAAGCUUGCUUUUGGAGAAAUUGUAAUUGGUGAAGGUAAUGACACUGGACUUGGUAUGAAUUUGAGUUAUAUUUUUUAACUGAUAAACCAUUGUGGUGUAAAGAUCUUUUUGGGACCAGAGGAAAGAGUCCUAAUUUUGUACUGCAUUUGCAAUUGUCAUGUGCAAGAAUGUAUCUUGUACACCGAAUGCAUUUUUUCUAACUUGUAAUGAUGGUAUUGAUUUUAAAUUGAUCAAAUAAAACAUUAUGUAUUUAAGUGCCAUUACUUUUUAGCUUGGAUAUCAAGAUGCAGAUUUUGGG